UGUCAAGACCAUCGCGAGCAGCCUCAAAUCGUCGGCAGCGCAGACUCCCGUCGGGUCGAACGCGCCGAGUCGUUCGGCGGAGUUUAGAGACUUGUGAUGUUGCACGGGGCCUGGGCCCCUGGACCAUUUCAUAAUCGUGCAUUGCAUCAUACACACAUGCCCGUGAGGGGCAAGACACUUCCCGGCACGUUGGAGGGGCGUCGGGCGUGGGAACCUUCAAACCAGCGAAUCUCACUCUGGCAGCUUUCUUUGAACCUCUCUCCCUCAAUCUCCUCAUCAACUUUCGUCCUAAGAUCAUAAUUCCUGAACACGAGAACGUAGCAACGUAGCAACCAUGGUCAAAGCAGUCGCAGUUCUCCGCGGUGACUCUACCGUCAAGGGCACCGUUACCUUCACUCAGGAGUCCGAAGACGCACCUACUACCAUCUCCUGGGACAUCAGCGGCCAUGAUGCCAAUGCCGAACGUGGCAUGCACGUUCACGCCUUCGGUGACAACACCAACGGCUGCACCAGCGCUGGUCCUCACUUUAACCCAUUCAACAAGGACCACGGCGCGCCAACCGACGAGGAGCGCCAUGUUGGUGACCUGGGCAACAUCAAGACGGACGGCCAGGGCAACUCCAAGGGUACCAUGACCGACAAGCUCGUCAAGCUCAUCGGCCCAGAGUCAGUCAUUGGCCGCACCGUUGUCGUGCACGGCGGCACCGAUGACCUCGGCAAGGGCGGCCACCCAGACAGCAAGAAGACUGGCAACGCAGGCGGUCGCCCGGCUUGCGGUGUCAUUGGCAUCUCCUCCUAAAGAGAGAGAGAGCUCUGCUCUUACUGCCCAUGGUUUCCGCGGUCAGGCUCCAAAGGCGUACGAGAGGCAGACCGAGAAAGGAGAUCGUAAGAAGGUGAAAGGGGGAGGAAGCUUUCCACAACCGCACCAGUUCGCUUCGAUGAUGACAAUGAUGAUGACCGGGAGUAAAGAGAGAGGCUGAACUGUAGCUAUAGGGAUAGAUAAAAAUUGACAAGUCAAGAACGACGCAAGUUGUCUGUCCUGA